UGCCAUUGAAUUGCCUGGGCCAUUGAAAUUUCCGUUUAGAAACGGACACAGCUAAAGCGACCCCUUAAGUCAAUUCAUCUCCGAUAAUCUCAAAAGCUCGCAUUACUUCAUAACAUAUGGUACUUCAAUACCCCAAAUAUUUUUGGAGGCAAAUAAAUAUCUACACAGGCACUCACGCUUUGAGAUGCUCUGUAUCGGAGUUAACUAAGCGCGAAACCCGAGGUCAUAUUCCCCCUUGAAGCUGUUAGCGGACGUGGGCUCUCCAUGGGCUGCGUACAACUGAAUUAUGAAACAUUAUUUUACCAGCCAAGAUAACUUUAAACAUCUAGUUAUCCAGGGCACUCCAUGAACUAUUCAUUCGUUCUAUGCAAUAUAUCGUCACAACAUUGUUCUUCGUAAGCCUCACUGGAACCUGGAGGUGGGGUUAGGCGAACCUCCACUGUGAGGAGGGAGGGAGGACGUAACAGCUUCCUUUCAGCGUAUCAUGUUGCGCGUCUGUCAUCUUGGUCCUCGGAUGCAGAUUGCGUGCGGGGAAAACGGCGGCACAUGACUUGGAGAGUGAAAUCACAAGUGAAUGCGGACAAUUUAUUAUUUUGAACGAGUUGUAACAUUGUCGUUGUGAAGCUGAUCCCAUUUCCAUUUUACCAUAGUUUUAGACCAGGAUUCAUUAAUCGACGGAGAUCUUCCAUGGCUUCCAAAACUCCACGCGUAAUACCGGCACCUGGGAAAGUCCCGGAUGUGCAACGAGACGCGCGCGAAGCCUUCGAGGUUCUCAAAGCGGGCGGCGUCAUUAUCGCGCCCAUAGACACUGGCUACGGCCUCAUGGCCUGUAGCGCAGAGGGCAUAGAGCGGGCGUUUGCAGCUAAGCAGCGCAAGUUUGGUCAUACUGUCGGCGUCAUCGGGACCUAUGAAACCCACGAACAGCUACACAUUCUCCCUCCGGAGAAGUUUGAGAUAACGCGUGUAAUUACCCAGGGCAUGAGCUCUAUGCUCGGUGUUAUCGCACACUACAGAAAGGAUCACCCACGGCUCGCAGCUUGGACCCCUGAGACAUUGGCCCUUACUACGAGAGGAGACACACUUGGCAUCGGCAUCGCGGAAUGUCCCUUUCUGCGAGAGCUGGGAAGACUGAAUGACGAGGAUGGCCAGUUGAUGGUUGGCAGUAGCGCCAACCUAACAGGGCGAGGGGCUAAGUUCCUGAUUGAAGACAUUGAGCCUGAAGUCUUUCAGUCAGCCGAUCUUGUCGUCGACUAUGGGCUGCAGAGAUACCAUAGGUAUCAGCGGUCUGGCACUAUCAUUGAUAUGGAAAACAUGCGAGUACUACGUAUGGGAGCGAACUAUGAGGUCUUCAGGGAGCGAAUCAGAAAAUGGUGGGGAGUAGAGCUGCCAGAGGACCCUGAGAACAAGAUCGAUAGAGUCAAUGGAGUGGGAGUAGGCGUGUCUAUCAACGUCAAGUAAAGGUUACCAUGGAGGUUCCGUAUGAUGAGAUAUCAGGGGCGAAUAUAAGGGAUAUGACUGAAAGACCUAGAACUAUAGGAUUUGUAGUUAACAACUUGCUGUACACAGACACAUACACCUUAGAUAAUAAGCUUUCUUGUUCUCUCACCUAGAUAGGAUGCAUGUGGGGUGAGCAAUAAUCUGAUGUCGACCCAAGAACUCGGGAAUGCAAGGUUCAAUUGGCCCUUACUGAACUGUACAUAUAACGGUUAUUGAAGGCUUUUCUACUGUUAGGAGCAAGCUGUGCCACCUCUUCAAUUGACUAAUCAGUACUUGCGAU